AUGAUCGUCAACGAGGAAUAUCUAUGCGCGGUCAGGACACAAUCUUUCGCCGAUUGCUGCACGAAAUUCCAGCUGCUCGUAAACGAGAAACCGCCGCCAUUAUCACCACCACCGGCCGACCAAAUAACCCAUUCAGGCAGCUUCUCACAAGUUCUUCUCCAACCGAGCCAGAAAGCCAUAGCCUCAAUCCUCGACUCAUCUUCCCUUUUCUCAAAAUCAUCAUCGGACGGCCUAAAAUCGCUCCUCCUCAACUACUUUGACACGAGUUCCGAGGCCUCCGAUUUCUGCAGCCGCCUCCUCGAAACCCUAACCCACCUCCGAACCAGCUAUGGAUCCAUUGCUAAAAUCAUCGAUUCCAUCGGCCAUGACGGCUCCCCAACACUCUCCGAGCUCCGAUCCAGUGUUUUUCGGCAAAACCCCCUUUCGGACCUUAAGGGGCAUAACAUCGAACACCUUCGGGGCAGGCAGUCGUCUGUCCUUCGCGGGUUGAAAUCAAGCAGGAGGGCGGUGGCGAGGAAGAUCCGGACGGUUCGGAUAAUCAACCGGACCAGCGGCGUCUGCUGCGCGGCGGCCUGCGGGGUGCUGGCGGCCGCCGCCGUGUUCCUGGCGGCGCACACGCUGGGCGCGAUCCUCGUGGGGCCCGCUGUACUCGGGCUGCGCGGGAGGGGGGUCCGGUUCGGUUUCCGGUUCGUGAAGUGCGAGGGGAGGUACCUGAGGAGGGCGGCGGGGCAGCUGGACGCGGCGGCGAAGGGGGCGUACAUACUGGACCGGGACCUGGAGACGAUGAGCCGGCUCGUUGGGCGGCUCGGGGACGAAAUCGAGCACGGGAAGGGGAUGGUAAUGGCGUGUUUGGAUGAUAGGGUGUGUUUGGAGGUUUUGAAGGAGAUGAGGAAGGAUGGGUUCGGGCUGGGAAAGAAGGUGGAGGAGCUCGAGGAGCACGUUUAUUUGUGCCUUGUCACGAUUAAUCGGGCUCGGGCCAUGCUGGUUAAGGAAAUUUCAAAGGAUGUUGUGUAG